AUGGACAGCGACCCCUUCGUGACGGACGUGCUGCACGUCUUGAGCCGCUACUCGGAGACGGCCAAAGACGCCCUCGCCGGCGACGUGCUGGAAGUGCCCAACGGCGGCGCGCUGCCGAAGGAUGAGGCCCAAGAAGAGGCCUUGCGCCAGAAGAGCGCGGAGGAUGAGCUCCUGGUGCGGCGGGCGCUGGACCGGUUCCGGGCCAUGGCAGCGGCGGAGCAGAAGCGCUGGAAGACCGGCAGCGGGGAGCUGCUGCAGAUCUACGUGGCAGCACGCCGCCAGGAGCUGGAGGUGGCCAAGCGCUGCUUCGCGGACGGCGAGCUCAAGGCGCGCUUCACCCAGCAGGUCACGGACCGAGUGAACCAACACCUGGUGCCUUUGACCAAGAAGACGCCCCAGCCCGCGCACCGCGAGACCAAAGACGUCGAGGCGCAAAAGGCCUGGGCCGGCGAGGUGAGCCGUGCCAUCAUUAGCCAGGUGCGCCAGGAGUGGCGCGGCGGGCAGCGCCAGCUCCUGCAGCGCCUUGCCCAGGACAUGCGGGAGGCUCAGCAGACUACUGCAGAGGUGCUGGAGCGGCACCUGGCGGCGUCCGGGGCCUCCCAGGCGCAGGCCACGGAGCUCUGGCGCCAGCGCGCCGAAGAGCUGCGGAAGCGCCUGGGGCGCCUGGUGGAGGCCUACCGCCUCGCUUUGAUGGCGAUGCGCCAGGCGGAGCUGGACGAGGUGAAGCAGCACAACAGCCAGCAGGGCCAGUUUUUCCAGCGGGAGAUCCAGCAGAUGGCCAAGGCGGACGAGGAGGCGCAGCAGCGCGCGGGGAAGAUCAAGAAGCUGAAGCAGGCCUUGGGCAAGUGGCAAAAGCAAUACCUCGCAGACGCGCUGUCGCAGGCGGCUGAGCGGGAGGCGAUGUCUGCUCCUUCUGAGAUGUGCGACCUGCAGGAGCUGGCGGCGGACGCCUGGUUCUCGGAGGAGCUCCCGCAGCUUUCCGCCGCCGCCAACGCCGAGGCGGCGGAGGUGGCGGAGACCGGGGAGGAGGAGGCGGUGGCCGCGGCGGCGCUGGGCCGGCUCUGCGGUGAAGCCUUGGCUUCGCGCCUGGAGGCUUGCGGCAUUGUCAUGGAUCACCUCUGGGAAAGCUCCGAGGAGGACGCCUGGAACUUCCUGCACGGCCUGGAGGAGGAGGUCCCGGCCUCAACGGAGGCGAUCCAACUCUACGAGCAGUUCCUGUCGGCCCACGGGGUGCUGUGCCCCUUGGGGGGCCCCUUGGUCACCAGCGCCUUGCUCCAGGAGGCGGAGACGGCCCAGCGCGAGGCCGAGCGGGCGCCCGCGACGGCCAAGAAGGGAGAAAAUUCCGGGCCUGCCAGUCGGCGCCCGAAGUUUGGAUUUCCGUCGCAGGGCGCCUUGCUAGCGGAGAACUUUGGGCUGCAGGAGGCCUCUCCGAAGCCAGCGCCGGCGGCCUUCCCGGAGCCGCCCCCGGCGCCGCCGGCGGCGCCGGCGGUGGCAGCUGCCACGAUGAUUCUCCCCAAGGCAGCGCCCAGCGCGGCGGCGGGAUCAGGCUAUCCAGCAAAGGCGAAGCCAGCACCCGCGCCUGUGGCCAAAGGGCCGCCGGUGAUUGUUUGGGUGGAUGGCAACCCGAAAGCUUGGCAGUCGAGCAAGCUCAAGGGCCAUUCAGGCAUCGACUUCCAGGGCUUCGACGGGAACAACAAGGACAAGCCUUGGCUGGAGUACUGCCGGCAAAAAGCCCUUCGGGCCGAGCAUGUGGCAGUGGUCAUCAUGAACCGCCGGCACAAGGCGGACGCUGAGGCCAUCUGGAAAUCCUGUGUCCAUAGCGGCGUCGACCCCCCCAGGUUCAUUGUGAUGUGCAAGCAAUGCCCGCCGGAGGAUGUUUGCCGCGAGUGGGGCAUGCAGGACAUCCAAGUGGUCCACGACUGGGUCGUGGCCGCGGACAAUGCUCUCAGCGAGGCUCGCACGCCAGCGCCGUCCAGCGCAGGUCCCUCCGCGCCACCCCUGGAGAUGUGA